UGUCAGUGUCAGUCUGAACCCUGACACCAGUCUGAAAAGUUUAUUCAUUAGUUCUGUUACUUAAAUGUGACGUUUAUACCAGGAAGAGAACUUGAGAAUCACAAUAUUGACUUCAUUCUUAAAACUGCAAGUAAACUUGAGCGAGUUAGUGGUAAGGGUAUGGAGCGCACACCACUAGCAUGGCUGACCGUGAGGAGGUUGCUGCUGGAGGGGCUGCUGGUGCUGAUGAUAACAAUGACCUCUACGACAGCUUCCGGUGAUACAGCAGGUGACAUGAUCGCUGCUAUCGUAAGUGGGAACGCCCAAGAAUUAGAGCGGCUCCUGAACACUCAUGGCAGUGCUAACCUUGCUUCCACUCCACUCUUGGCUGCCAUCAGAACAAACAACACAGAGUUUGUCGAGUUGCUGCUGAGCCGAGGAACUGACGUCGACUUUGGUGCCUCUGGAGAAAUUCCACUGCUCGAGGCCAUGAAACUAGGCAACAAAAAUCUGGUGGACUUAAUAAUGGCCAGACGACCUUCCCUCAACCGUCAAGACGGAACAGGAACGACGCCGCUGCUAGAAGCCAUCAGGUCGAACGACACAGAGUUUGUCAGAGAACUUGUGGACGCAGGAGCCUUGGUGAUGUAUUCUAACAACAGAGGCGAACAACCAUUAAUUGAAGCAAUUAAACUUGGUAACAGAGAGCUGACGAAGGUGUUGAUAGAGAGAACAAGUGACAUCAAUGUAAAAGAUAGUUCAGGUUCGACUCCCCUGCUGGCCGCCAUAGAUACAAGCAACGUAGGAAUAGUCACGGAUGUUGUAAAUGCCUCACCAAACAUAGAAAUUGUUGGAAACGCAGGAGUGACGCCGCUGGUGGCCGCCAUCAGGAAGAACAACCUAACUAUUGUUGAAAUUAUUCUGGAGGCUGGAGCAGACGUUAACCUCAUCUUGUCUGGAGUGGUGCCACUUAUUGAAGCUGUGAAACUUGGUGGUGAAGCAAUGGUUGACGCAGUGUUGGAGAAGUGUCCUCAGCUCUCCAACACCGAUUACAACGGACUGACCGCAGCGCAGGUGGCCAGAACUCUGGGAUUCACACAGAUCGCAGCUGACAUUGAAGAUAAGAGAGCUCAGUGUACAAGGUGUCCAGAUCAAUGUGUGAAAUGUCCUCGGGGCGUCCAUUACACUACCGACCAAAAUGACUGGCCUGUUCAAGACUAUCUUGACGAUGGUGUCCUCGGUAAUACUUCUCAACUUGAGUGCCUGGUCUCCGGUUACAUCUCCUGGACAUGUACUGAGACUGGCCGCUGGGAAGUCAGGUAAACUUUCGACCUGUACUCUUUGCUUCUGUUAACACUUAAGAAAAAAAUAAUGGACAUCAAUCUUUGAGAUCGUUGAGAGAAUAUCUCACAAUUACGUUGUUUGUUUGGCUGCAAUUUGAACUAGAAGUUUGUACCUUGGGAGUUAGCGGCCUGUAGUGAUAAUAUUUUAAGAAAUUGUGGAAUGGGCGAGGUUUGAACACAUUGUGAGUGCAUCCUAAACCUCACAGGCCAGUGCAUUAACCACUGGGCCUGUAUUUAUGGUCACAGUAGUGGCCCAUGCUAACCUCCUAUGGCAUAGAGAAAUAUAUCCAGUUGAAUGACUCCAGUGGUUAACGCACUGGUGUGCGAGCUUUAGAAGCCCCACCCAUUCCCUGAUUUG